AAAAAGCAAUUAGUUUUUAACGCAUCGUCCCCCGCAGUUUCACUCAUUUUGAGACAAAAUCACAACGCCUUACAGUUAUUGAAACAGGUAGGUAUUGAUGAAAAUAGUGUCCUAAGUUUAUUUUCUGAAAAACGGGUAUGAAGACAUAGUCCGAAAUUAAAAAUACUAUUAAGAACAGAAAACGGUAACAAAAUUAGGAUUGCAAUCUAGACAUUUGGUGUUUCCAGAUAUAUCUAUCUUCGUCGCUAAAGAAAAAAAUCUUUUGAAAUACGAAAAACACUUAUUUUUGAAAAAAAUAUUCAAUUGUAAUUAUUUUGAUCGACCUUAUGACACCUGUUUUUAAUUUUCAAAAUAUUUUCAAUAGCAAUUGUAAUUAAAAUAAUGUAGGAUUAGCUAUCUUGAAGAUCAAAGAUAAUCAAUAGCAAUCAGUUCAUUCUUGGAUAAGAAAUGACAAAUUCAAGUUUAUGCUCUCUCAUUCUAGAAAUCAGUGAUUUGUAAUGGACGAUUGUGAAAAUAAUCAAGCCUGCACUGAUGAACGUAUAAUUGUUAUAUCGUCUUUAUGCCUUCAAAUGUUGAGCAACUUACGGCCUAAAUGAAGUGAAAUUAUUACUUAUUUUUUACAUUCAAAGUAUUCUUCUCGGUUUUUCAUUACAUUUUUAGCGGUAGGCAGUGGCUUGGCUCUGCCCCUGGCAUUGCUGAAGUCCAUGGGCGACGGUAACCACUCACCAUCGGGUGGGCCGUAUGCUCGUCUGCCGAAACGCAUUACUGAUUCACGGCAGAAAUAGGCGAGCUGGUGGUACCUACCUGUGCGGACUCGCAAGAGCGUAUGCGUACAGUAUGCGUGUAUAUGUAACAUAAAAAUGAUUAAGAACUUCUUAAAUUUCACUUUAAUGGGGAUGAGAAGAGGACGACCUGGUGCGAAGUGAAUUGCAAAUGGAACACGUUCAAAAUCUCGGGCGUUUGUCUAAUUACACACCAAAUUGACAUUUAAUACAAAAUAACUUUAUGGUCCCAGUGUCAGGCAAAAAUCUGAACAAAAUUGUUCAAAAUUUCAAUUAUGUUGCAUUUAUUUUUUAAUUACAAUUAAUACACAGUGCUCUUAUUACAUAGCGCAUGCGUGUCAAAGGUUAGCAGACGUUUCAUGUUCGCUGAUUCAACCGUAGUACCACAGCGGAAUUCAUUUCAAAUUGACGCAUCAAACAGGCCGGGCCUCCCUUACGGCCGCGUAAAAGUUUGCUCAGACUUUCUGAGCACAACCGUGUUUCCUCUACAAAAGUUAUCUAUGAGUUUUUUGUGAGGUGAAGACGGCAAAAUGCGUUGGUUCAUAGCGACUGUCAUCUCUAUCGUCUUAGUUAGCUCGGUUUUGUCAACGGAGGUGGACGACGAUGAGCCAUUUCUUGAAAUAUUGGCACGAUCCACGAUUUACAAUACUGGAGAGAGAAAGGCGAUUUUUUGCAGAGGAAAAAAUUUAGUAGAGCCAAUUAAAUGGUACUCUCCUUCGGGAAAACUAAUAGAAGCGCAAUCUUUGAAAAACAAGAGAGUAUACGUUGAAAGAAUUGUUGAGGAAUCAGGGGAACAUGCGCCGUUAAUCAUCCAAUACAUCAAGAUUGCGGACAACGGUAACUGGACUUGCAGGUCUGGAGAUUUGAGUGAAACCAUACAAUUCAUUGUCGGAGAAAAGGUGAACAUUACUAACAGGAAUGUUGAAAGAGAAGGGGAAGAAGGAAAAUCAAUUGUGCUGACCUGUGAAGCCAAGGGACAUCCGACACCGGUCGUAAUUUGGUACAAAGAAAAUUCUCGAAUCCCUAAUGAUACUAAAAAGUACGAGCACAGGGCUGACAACUCGUUGGAGAUCAAGAAUCUGAACCACGCUGACGUCGGACUGUACGUGUGCAAAGUUAGACAAAAGGCGCUGUCCUACUACACAGACAAAACAGUCCGUCUUUCUGUCCUACAUAAGCCGAUUCUGUAUAACAACUUCACGGGAACGAUCGACACCACGAAAUACAAGACUGAAGAAGUUUACGCAAUUAUGAAUGAAACGAAGAACAUCACAUGCAGCGCUAUCGCAAACCCCCCGCCGACUUACACCUGGUACAGAAGAAACAAUGGUUACGACGAUGAUGUUCCUAUCACUGACGAGGAGAUGGUGGUCACUUCAGAAAACGGUACAUAUUCAGUACUCAUUUUGAGGAUGCGCGAUAACAGUUCAAUCGGCGAGUACAAAUGCACAGCGAACAACAUCAAGGGGAAAGAAUCUAUUAUAUUCCAUGUAAAUCCAGCAGCUAAACCCAACAAACCUGAUUUUGUAAGCUUUCUUUACGCUAACACUACGACUCUGACUUUCAAUGUUUCCUGCUCGAGCUGCCCAAUGGAACUAGAAGAAGAUAGGUCACCCGACCCAGCAAACCUUACUGUUAAAGGAUAUUCAUUCCAAAUGGUUCCUGCCCAAGAAAAUUACCCUCCAGAUUGGGAUUCUGCUCAAGAUUUCGAAGUGGACAUCACAGAUCCUAACGACACGUUGUUCACGGUCGGCCCACUAGCCAACAAGACAAAGUACCACGUCCGCAUCCGAAGCUGCAACGCGGCCGGCUACUCUGAGUGGGUGUACUUCGAGACACUACUAGAGACGAGCCACGCUGACAGGAUCAUCGCAGCGAUCGCUGUCAUCUUAGCGGCCUUCACGAUUACAAGCUAUUUCUAAAAUACCUUUCAUGUAUACAGUAUAACACUGGGGAACUUUUGAAUUUUUCGUUUACCUUUAGUUCUUCUCGUAAUUCCGGUUACUCUCGUGUGACAAAGAAGUUGUCAGCGACCACGAAAAUAUCUGAAAAUGAAAUUACUAUAUUUGCGUCACAAUGAGUUUGGUGACGACUUCUCGCGAUUGGUAACCAGUGUGAAAACCAUUUGCUGCCGUUGUUUUUGUCAGAUCUUAUAGUUGAUAGUGCACCACUAUUAAGUAGCAGAUCAAAAAAGUCAAUAUUAUGAAGAUUUAAUGUUCAAAUUAAUUUACAUAUAUCUUGUUUUCAAUUUAGUUAAGUUAAUUACUUAACGUAUUUAUCCCCUGAACUUGAGGUAAAUGUAGGUAGAUAAAAUUUAAUUUUAAAUACUAUAUAUUCGUAAGUAAGUGUUCAUUCGUUUACCUAACGUUAUAUAAUAAAGGCCUCAAACAUACAUAUAAUGUUGUUACCAAAUAAAUAGCCUAAAUAUCAACUGCAUUCGUGCUGAAAAUGUUAAAUUUAUGUAAGUUUUUGGCUUCUUGAUUAAUUUAAACUAGAUUUAAUUUAAAUAUAAUCACAUUAAUAUGUAGUUUUCAAAAAUAAGCCUUAUGUCUUAAUCGUGAAACUAAAUGUAAAUAGAUACCUAUAAUACUGUUGACGGUACGUGCAAUUAAGUGUAAUUAUUCUUUAUUAAAAUCGCUGUUAGCAACGGGUUAUAUAUUAUAUGUGGGACACCUUUCUUGACAGUUGCAAAAUUUGAAUUAGCAUGUAAAAAACCAUCAUCAUUUACUUACAACACAAUGUUUAAAGUAAAUCCGUUUGAUUGGUUAUUUAUUAGUUAGGGAAACAAGGCCCCAAACUGUUGUAAUUUCAAUAAUCUUACUCUGGUGAAUUCUCAAUUUUAUUAAUAUUUAAAUAACCAUUAUUUUUAAGUAAACAAGAAUAAAUUUAUGUAACAAUGAUUCGAAGUGCUAUAUUUUAAACGUUCAAAUGUUAAGUAACGCUUGGAUUCGAUUACUUUAUUUCUAUCUGACGGGAGAGAACAUAAACAAACAAAUUAAAAUAUCUUUAUUUCGGAGUCAACUUACUGUUUUGUAAUUAAUAUAUUUUAUUAGUUGUAAAUUUCAUUUUAUUACUACAUAAUUUAGAUUAUAAGUUGUAUUAUGGUUGAGUGUAUUACUGUUAUUGUAGUGCUGCCCUUUUGAAGUUGAGUGCAGUAUUCAAUACGUGAAACUAUACAAAAAACUUGAAUGUUUCUAAAUAAUGUAUUAAAUAUAUUUUGUUUUAAGUAGUAGAUUAUAAAUGCUUUAAAAAUAGCAAACAAGCAGGAAUUCAAUUACUUUUUAUUUAGAAUACAAACAUAACCGUGACGAGAUCAUAUUAAUAGGAACACGUAACAUUCCAAAUGAUUUAUUAAAUGCAUUCCGUAAUUUAAUGAAAAUGAAAAUUUCUGUUAAAUUUUACAAUAUUAUUGAGUAAUCGUAUUUUGUGGUCCUAAUAAAAAAAAGUUCCAAUUACAAUUCCAUUCAGGAAGACUGAUGUUAUGAUUUCUUACGUAAUAAUUAAUUAUGUUAAUUUUUAUGUAAUCACUGAUUUUAAGUUACCCAACGAAACUUUUGUUGUAAAUCACUUAACUCUUAAAUAUGCUACCCUACUGGUUUUCUUAAACGACUUAGAAGUCCAAAGAGAAAUUAUUUAAAGUAAAUACUUUUUUAUGCUAAGCUUCUUUGUUACUAAGCUUUUAGAAACUUAUAAAUGACAUUAAUAAAAACGUAAGCACCGGUUUGAAGAAACCAAAAAUUUCGACCAAACAAAAUUGUUGCAAACACUUAAUAUAUUGUUUUGGGAGUGUUUCGUCAAAUAUUAAAAACACAUAGUGUUUCUUGAUUUCCUCUAUUUUCUUCGUGUACAUAACACAAGAUACUAGUAGUCGAGUUAUUAUUGUUAUGUAACUUGCAACAGUGUUUCUGCCUCAAUAAAACUAUUUCUAAAAA